AUGUGGAACAGCACUGAUCCUUUGAAAAAUGAUACCUUUUCUUGUGCGUCCCCAACUGUAGAGGGCUACCGUUAUUUUGGCGUCCUCUUGGGAUCGGGUGUGACAUUAGUAGGAACCAUAGGGAAUAUUAUGACGGUCCUCGCUUUUGCCACUGAUGCCAGCCUGAGGACACGUUUCAAUGUUCUCAUAGUAAACCUUGCCCUCGCUGACCUUCUUUACUGCAUGAUGCUCCAACCGGUCAUUGUUGACUCAUACCUGCACUUGCACUGGAGAGGCGGAGCCACGUGGUGUCGGAUGUUUGGAUUCCUUCUAUUCCUGUCCUACAGCGUGUCCAUUAUAACAUUAUGCCUCAUCGCUAUGAGCCGUUACUUGAUUGUUGCACAUCGCACUUCUCACUGUGCCCGUCUGAUCCUGUCCCGCCGUGGAGUGGCAGUGCUCCUCAUCUCAUCCUGGCUACUGGGUAUAGCCAGUUUCGCCCCACUUUGGCCCAUCUAUGUGUUUGCCCCGCAAGUGUGCACCUGCAGUUUUCACCGCAGUAAAGGGCGGCCUUACACCACUGUACUGCUUUACCUGUACUUCUCCUUGGGCUUGGGUUGUGUGGGCCUUUUCUACUUACUCAUCUACCAUAAGGUGUGUUUAGCUGCCAAGGCUUUUCUGAAGUACAGGCUCAGUCAUCGCUCAUCAAAACGCAAGUGGGCCGAAGCUGAAGCGGUGAUGGAUGACGGCGGAAUCAGUGAUGGAGCUUCAACAACUCUAAGCUGUGAGAUCAGUAAUGAUGAAGCAGUAGAGGAGCAGAAUAGGAACAAAGCAGAGGAGAAAUCUGAGGGCCACACAACCAAAAAAAAAGAACCAAAAAACUCCAUUCAAGAUGCCCCAAAAGACAUAGAAACGUCUUCUAAACCAUCUCCGGUAACAAUAAAGACCACUCCAGCUGCCGGCUCAAGAGAGGACAGUGAAUUUAAGCAUGUAACUCGAAUGUGCUUUACAGUUUUCUUGUGUUUUGUAGUUUGCUUUGCACCAUUUUUGUUGCUGAAUGUCGCUGAUAAGGCCAACCAUGCGCCACAGGUCAUUCAUAUGUUCUGUUCAAACCUUGCUUGGCUAAAUAGUUGCAUUAACCCUUUGCUGUAUGCAGCCAUGAACCGGCAGUUUAACCAGGCAUACAAAGACCUACUGUACAAAGCUCUACAUCUAUUAACCUGGAUAUGGGGAACCCAUCGGUUCAGAACAAUUUAAGUGAUAAUUACAUAUGUUAUCCGAGUCAAUUCAAUCUGAAUAUGACUGAAGGCUUCUGCUUUUUAAGUGGUCUUGCGCUAUUGAUAUUCAGUGACCUCACAUAUCAUGUAUAAAGAAAUAUCGAGCUGCACUCCAUUCAUUCUGUGGAGAACAUCACAGUUAUCAGGUUUGUUUUUAUUCAUCUCCAUCAGCUGCAUAUAAAGCACAAUUAAAGCAAUAGAACCAACUUUAACUCAAAACUGCACACCAUAUUUACAUUUUAUGUAUUAUGUACAGUUAUAUGUUCCAUUCACUUUCUAUAUUGUCAAAUAGCGUGUACUUCUUUAUUUAGCUCAUCUUUGACUAUCAUGGUCUGAAGGCAUUUCUUUUUAAGCAGUGGGAUUUUCCAGUUCUAUCAAAGAUCAGAAAGAAAACGUGUCAUGCUUUUCACUGCAAAAUGCACAAACUUUCUCAGUUUCAUUUCCUAAUUUUUCUGAUUGCACAUAGGCAGUAAUUAUGCGUGCCACCAAAGCAAUUAUUCAUAAUGACAUUAAGAACAUUAAUUUGUAACCUUGUUUAUUACCUCACACCGGAAACCACAAGAGUUUAUUUAAUUAUCUUUUGCUUGCUGUAAUGUUUCCAUUAUGAUAUAUUUACGGUUUAAGAUUGACCUCCACAAUAUGAAAUAAGUUGUAUGAUUUUAUUUAUAUUAAGGAUUAUUUGCACAAUUCUUUGAAAUUCAGGUGUACCUGUAACAUGU